AUGGGCAAUGAUAAUAAUACUAAUAGAGGGUUAAAUCGGAAAUUGCAUUCUGCAUUGAGUGUUGAGAAUGUCAAUUUAUUGAGAUUUCAAGGUAGACGUUGUGGAAACCCAUACUUGCAAGACGUACAGGCUCAUGGUUUUGAGCCAAAGGCAAGAGUAUCGUCUCAUUGGUAUGAACCGGGAGAGGUUGUCCAGCAUGCUGCAAAAUUAAGACAAGAGAACCGUGAAAAGUCUGAAGAAGAAAGAAUACGAUGGGAAGCUGAACUGGAGAAACAGCAGGAAAUCGAACGGAAAAUAGAAAUAGGGGAACUACCUGAUAAGCAUGAAGAAGUUUAUUUUACCGAUUUAUCGGACGUUCCUGAUGUGGAAUGGUGGGAUGUUCCAUAUAUCAAAGAUGGUAGCAUCCAUGAGAAAUAUAGUUUGGAUUAUUCCACAUUGAAUUCGGACGAUGAAAGUGAUGAUGAAGAGGAAGAGGAAGAGGAAGGUGCACAAGAUAAAUUCCCAAGUAUUAGGUAUAUUCAACAUCCGGUACCGAUUGAAAGGCCUAGGGCAGCUGUUCCAGUGGCAGAGAUUUUCUUAACGAAAAACGAACGGAAAAAGGCCAGAAGGAAUACGAGGAAGUUGGUACGACAGGAGAAGGAGGAGAAAAUCAAGCUUGGUAUAGAACCAAAACCAGAGCCCAAGGUUAAAUUAUCGAAUAUGAUGAAUGUGUAUGAGAAUGAUGCCAAUAUUGCGGAUCCAACUCAAUGGGAAUCCAUCGUACGGAGACAAGUGGCAGAGAGGAAAAGGAAACAUUUCGAAGAAAAUGAAAUAAGGCAUCAAGAAAGCCUGAAACGAAGGAAGGAAUCCCAGUUACAAGCACACAGCAAUGAUAGUCCUCUAGAAUACACGUGUGUUGUUUACAUGUUUGACGAAAUACAGAAUCCUAGUAUCAGAUACAAAAUCAAAACCAACGGUAAGCAAUUGAAGUUGAAAGGAUGCUGUCUACACAUUCAAAAUGGCAAAGGUAUAAUUGUAGCUUUUGGAGAUGAAAAAUCUAUCCGCUUUUUCGAUAAGUUGGUGACAAAGCGAAUCAAUUGGUCGGAACCAUACAAAGAUAGAGAUACCGAAGAGACAGUACCUUGCGACGGUAAAAUUACAAAGGUUUGGCAAGGAUUAAUUGGUGAUUGUAGAUUCAAGGGCUGGUUCAUGCUCGAUUGUAAAGAUAAAAACCAGUUAAAUAAUAUCUUAGAGCAGCACGAUGCAUUGACUUUUGUACCAUUAGGUAAGUUUUAA